UAAAAGCUGUUUCGACCGGCCUUUCCGAACUCUCUAGAAAACCUUCCAAACCCUUACAAAAACCCACUUCCGAGACCAUUUGCAACGCAAGGAAAAGAGAUCAUCAAUUCGGUUCUCUGCGAUUUUCUGCCGCUUUGUUAAUAGUUAGCAGAUUUUUCUUCGGUGCCCAAAAGGGUUUUAUUCGGCGCUUUUUUGAGCUGUUCCAGUGAAAAAAUCAUGGCGAGCGGUGAUGUUGAGACAUUUGCCUUUCAGGCUGAGAUUAAUCAGCUUUUGAGUCUGAUUAUCAAUACAUUUUACAGCAACAAGGAGAUCUUUUUGAGAGAACUAAUCAGCAAUGCUUCAGAUGCUCUUGAUAAGAUUCGUUUUGAGAGUCUUACUGACAAGUCGAAACUGGACUCUCAGCCAGAGCUGUUCAUUCACAUUGUUCCAGACAAGGCUAGCAAUUCAUUGUCUAUAAUCGACAGUGGUAUUGGCAUGACCAAGUCAGAUCUGGUUAACAAUCUUGGGACCAUUGCAAGGUCUGGCACCAAGGAAUUUAUGGAAGCUCUUGCAGCUGGUGCUGAUGUUAGCAUGAUUGGGCAGUUUGGUGUUGGUUUUUACUCUGCAUAUCUGGUUGCUGAGAAAGUUGUUGUGAUUAGUAAACACAAUGAUGAUGAACAGUACAUCUGGGAAUCUCAGGCUGGUGGAUCAUUUACCGUGACAAAAGAUACAUCUGGUGAACAACUUGGUAGGGGAACAAAGAUUACUCUUUACCUCAAGGACGAUCAGUUGGAGUAUCUAGAAGAGAGACGUUUGAAGGACCUGAUUAAGAAACAUUCAGAGUUCAUAAGCUACCCAAUUUCUCUAUGGACUGAGAAGACUACAGAGAAGGAGGUUUCAGAUGACGAAGAAGAAGAGGACAAGGAGAAGAAGGAUGAAGAAGGGAAGAUUGAGGAAAUUGACGAGGACAAGGAGAAGGAAGAGAAGAAGAAGAAGAAGGUUAAGGAAGUGUCUCAUGAAUGGAGUCUUGUUAACAAGCAAAAACCCAUCUGGAUGAGAAAGCCUGAAGAGAUCACCAAGGAGGAGUAUGCUGCAUUUUAUAAGAGUCUUACCAAUGAUUGGGAAGAGCAUUUGGCAGUGAAACAUUUCUCUGUAGAGGGUCAACUUGAGUUCAAGGCUGUCCUCUAUGUCCCUAAGAGGGCACCUUUUGAUCUCUUUGAUACAAAGAAGAAACUUAACAAUAUCAAGUUGUAUGUCAGGCGAGUAUUUAUCAUGGACAACUGUGAAGAUUUGAUUCCUGAAUAUCUUAGCUUUGUCAAAGGAGUUGUUGACUCUGAAGAUUUGCCCUUGAAUAUUUCUCGAGAGACACUUCAACAGAACAAAAUAUUGAAAGUUAUUAGGAAGAAUCUUGUUAAAAAGUGUAUAGAGAUGUUCUUCGAGAUUGCAGAAAACAAAGAGGACUAUAACAAGUUUUAUGAGUCAUUCUCAAAGAACAUUAAGCUUGGUAUCCAUGAAGAUAGCCAGAACCGAUCAAAGCUUGCUGACUUGCUUAGAUAUCAUUCUACCAAGAGUGGUGAUGAGAUGACAAGCUUGAAGGACUAUGUGACUCGAAUGAAGGAUGGGCAGAGUGAUAUUUACUACAUUACUGGUGAAAGCAAGAAAGCUGUUGAAAAUUCUCCAUUCCUGGAGCGCCUAAAGAAGAAAGGCUAUGAGGUUCUCUAUAUGGUGGAUGCAAUUGAUGAAUAUUCUGUUGGCCAAUUGAAGGAGUAUGAAGGCAAAAAACUAGUGUCUGCAACUAAGGAGGGAUUGAAGUUGGAAGAGAGUGAGGAUGAGAAGAAGAAGAAGGAAGAGCUGAAGGCUAUGUUUGAGGGACUGUGCAAGGUUGUUAAGGACAUCCUUGGAGACAAGGUAGAGAAAGUAGUAGUUUCUGAUCGUGUCGUUGAUUCUCCAUGCUGUUUGGUUACAGGAGAGUAUGGAUGGACUGCCAACAUGGAGAGGAUUAUGAAGGCCCAGGCCCUGAGGGACAGUAGCAUGUCAAACUACAUGUCUAGCAAGAAGACUAUGGAAAUCAAUCCUGAAAAUGCUAUCAUGGAAGAGCUUAGAAAGAGGGCAGAUGCUGACAAAAAUGACAAGUCAGUGAAGGACCUGGUGCUUCUCAUCUAUGAAACUGCUCUUUUGACAUCUGGCUUCAGUCUUGAUGAUCCCAACACUUUCGGCAACAGGAUUCACAGAAUGUUAAAGCUGGGUCUGAGCAUUGAUGAGGAUGAAACUGCUGUUGAUGCAGAUACAGAAAUGCCUUCUCUCGAGGAUGCUGCUGAUGCAGAGGGUAGCAAGAUGGAGGAGGUUGACUAGAUUGACUAGAUGGCCUUCCAGCUCCAGUGAUGAUAAAUAUUGAACCGUUUUGUAGCUAAUGGACAUAGAUGAUAGUAUAGUAGUCUCUAAGUUUGUAGUGUAGUCUGUUUUUAGCUUUUUGAUGUAAGAUUUAGACUGGAUAAAGGUUUCGGUCUUCAUUUUUAUAGCAGUAAAAGAGUUUUACUGGAAGGAUGAUUGUGUUCAAGAUAUGACUCAUCUUUCUCGACUUUAGCUAAGUGUAUGUUACUUCUUAAUAAUGGAAUUAAGUCUAUCGUUUGUUCUGUGCCAA